UGACGAAGCCUCCUCGUGCUUCCGUGUGCGACACUGGGAGGAAGAGAUCGGAUCAAAAGAGUGCUGUGAACAUAACCCAAACAACUGGUUUGUCCGGGAGCCAUUUCUUUCCGCACGUUUCACUUUCUCUCUCCCCGAGACGUCGGCGCGCCCUAAGCAGGCAAGCACAGCAAGCCCUCGCCAGAAAAACAAGAGUAAGAGAAAGGCGAGCGAGAGAACUCUGGAGAUCCAGGACAACAAGUGUCAUUCGCAACAGUGACCCGGCGAAAGCUGAUACUGCACAUCUCACCAUGGCUGGGCACAUCCAACUGUUGGCUGCUAUCUUUGUCAUUGCUGCUGUUUCGGCGCCUUCUUAUGCGAGGCGUUAUGAAGACUGGAGCCAGCUCAUUCUGACACAGCACUGGCCCCAGAGUUUUUGUAUGUCCCAGUGGUCUGAAAAACACAACUGCACCAUUCCAAGUUCCGUGAAGAGCUGGUCAAUCCACGGCCUGUGGACUAACCACAGGACUUUCUGCAACAAAUCGUGGCAUUUUGAUGUCAAAGAAAUUGAGGAUUUGCUGCCACAAUUGGACCAAUUCUGGCCAGACCUUGAGAAGACCAAUGGCACCGACCUUUGGAAACAUGAAUGGAUAAGGCAUGGCACUUGUGCUGCCACCCUCGAGGCCCUUAACUCCCAGCACAAUUAUUUCAGCAAGACCAUGGAGCUCUACCAGAAGCUUGACAUCAGCAAAGCUCUAAGUGAUGCUGGUGUGACCCCAUCGAACACAGUUUUCUACAAGGAGGAACAGAUCCUUGAAGCGUUUUCGACAGCUUUUGGUGUCAAGGCCAAGUUGCAGUGCCUCACAGUUCCCCAGGAGGAAAACACCCAGCUGCUGGGACAGAUUCAGAUGUGUUGGAGCCGAGAGUUCUCCCUUGUGAACUGCUCUCGGCAUGCCGAAGCUGGCAUUCCUAUUCCAAACAGCUACUCCAACAGUGUCACCCCAAGCAAUGAUAUUGUUUGUGAUCCUGCAAAGAUCAUCCACUACCCCCUAAUUGGUAAAUUCUAAAUGCAAGUGUGUAGGCUUGAAAGGUUGGUGCAUUGGGUUACUUGAUGAACAUAUACACAAUAUGAAAUGUAUUAUGUUGUGCCUGAUGUUCAACAUUAGAGCGUUAUCCCUUGUUCAACGUGAGGUACCAGAUUUGAUGUUCAUGUCAUUAAUUUUUUUGUGCUGGUUUAAUACUCUGACAAUUUUUAAUAUUUUCGAGAGAAAAAAAAGUUCACGUUUAUUUUACAUUCGUUUGUCACUCUUCUCGUGGAUGAAGGCCUCUUCUGUCCUGUCGAUUGUUGUUUUUAUUAUACUUCACCACGCUGGUCAGUGCAGGUUGGUGACGGGGUGGGGGAAGGGUAGAGAGGACCGGUUUCAGAUAUCACUUGCCGCUGAUGUUUGCCCACGGCCUGGAAUUGAACUCGGGUUCCAGAAUAAGAGCACAGUGUAUUAACCACUGUCAUUUUUUCAGUUUUUUUUAUUAAUGUGUACAACAUUCACUUUAAAACGUUUUACUUGAUAUACCCAGAGUCAUCUCAGUGGUCCAUUAAUGUAAUUAUUAUAGGUCAUGUUUUACCUUUUUAUGCAUGAAGCUAAAGUUUAAAUUGUACACUUUUCUAAAAACUAAUUUGUGGGAUUUGUAUCUAACUUAAAUUGUCAUGAUAUAAAUGUAAAUAUAAUCAGUGAAUCAAUAACCAAACAAUCAAGACGAUCAAUAUUAAUUUCAUGUGUAAUCGAUAUAUAUAAACACAUUGAUUGAACAACACGCACAAAUAUUUCUGCUAUAAAUCUUGCACAUGCAAGGAAAACAACAUGCGUUGGGAAGUAAAUGGCACACACAACAUUUGCAGAACACUCACCACCAUGAGGUGGCGCUGUCUCUCUGACUUCAGCACUACACGGAAGUCCCGUGGAGAGCCAUGGUACUAGCGGCACUCAGCGGAUGUGUACGAAAUCAGACGGUUCCAUUUGUUUUGUAAUACAUUUGGAACGUUAAUUUCCCAAUACUAAUGUGGUCACCGAUCUUAAACAGCAGCAGACCACACGGUACCACCACUGCCCGCAACGAUCAUGCAUCGGCAGCGUUUCGGAUUUUCAGCAGGCUACACUGGCUCGACGACAUAAAAAGUUGAUGACAAAUUUCGUGCCAUUCGAAAGGAGAAGAAUAAGUGUGAGAUUAAACCAGUUAUAAUUAGUAAGGGUGCAUACAUUCUGAGGUUAAACAAUGCAGAUGCAUUUUUCGACAUUUUGUUACAGAUCGACCUUUGUACCUGUAACUUUUAAGUUUUGGUGCCGUUCGCCAUAGAUUCGAAGGGGACAUCAUUUGCAUUCACAUUCAGUGCUGAGCACAUCUCUAAAUGAAACAACGGUGGUACAGUAAUUCCAUCGUUUCGGAGUGCGUUUAUUAAGCGCAUUGUGCCUUUGUGUAACAUUCAAUUUUCAUCGGUGGACACUGGACCGAUUUUAAGAAAUGAAAGCGAUGCAAGUGUGUUGCUUUUAAGAAGUGUUCUGCAUAUUUGGACCUUCUACUUCAAUGUCUUUUCAUUGCUUGGGCAACUUAUACCCUGCAUUGCCCCUGCAGUUGUUGGUGUGUUUCGUUCAUUUUGGGACUUGUGGAAAAUGCUUUUUGAGUUAAAAUUAAGGAAUUAAAAAUAUUGAUGAGGAUAUUUUGUGCACUUUGUGGUUUGCAUAUGUGCCUUGUAUUUUUAUAAAUACGUUUAAAUUUCUGUUGGGAUUUUGCUCCAUGUCGCAGCAAAAUGAGCAUUUUUCAAAAUGAGCAUUUUGCUCCGAGUGAAAAUUAAGGGCUUAAAAACGAUGAUUGUGUUUUGUCCAAAGUUAUAUUUCAUAACUUAGUUUGUGUUUUUAAUUUUUUUUAUUAUAAGUUUCAAAUUCUGUUAUUGAUAUUACUGUGUUUUGCUUAAUUUUGGAGUUGAUUGAAAUUGGGGUGAGAAUUGAUUAAAAUUAUUGAUUGUCA